GAGGAGCUGGACGGGGCUUUAGCUGCCUUCACGGCUGUUGUGGUGGAAAUGGUGGCAAGAUGGCGGCGCUGGAGGAGGAACGGCGUUACGGGCUGUCCUGUGCGAGAGUAAGCGAUGGAAGCAGCGUGUCUGUCUUCCACGUUAAACUGACUGACAGCGCGCUGAGAGCUUUUGAAAACUAUCAGAACAGACGGAACCUGUCUGCACAUCCCUCUAUCCGCUUCGCCGGAAGCCAGGGGAAGAUCUGCGUGCCACGGCCGGAAAGCCCCGGCAACCAGCAGGUCUUCACCUUCUACCUGUCCAACGUGGGCAAGGACAAUCCCCAGGGCAGCUUUGACUGCAUCCGGCAGCAUGGCAGCCCGGGCCACUUCCGGCUGGACGGCGUCGGCACGAUCCACGACAAGAUCACCGUGUGCGCCUCCGACGACUCGUACGAGAAGGCGCGGCAGAGCAUGACGCAGGCUGAGGAGGAGACGCGCAGCCGCGGCGCCAUCGUCAUCAAGCCCGGCGGGCGGUACCCAGGGAAGAAGGUGCACAUCCGGAAGCCUCCGGCACCCAACCCGUCCGACGUCGCCCCCUGCAGGCAGGUGAACCGGCCGGUCAUCAUCUCCAGCGCCAUGAAGAAGAACGGCGGUGUGGUGGCGGGCGUGCAGGGGAGGCCCCUACGAGAGCGCCUCACUCAUCUGCUGGCCCUCAAGCCCUACAGCAGACCGGAGCUGGUCCUGCGCCUGCAGAAGGACGGCCUCUCUGCCCAGGACAGGCCCUCCCUGGACAGCCUCCUGCAGCAGGUGGCUGAUCUGAACAGCAGGGACAACUCAUUCACCCUGAAGGACUGUCUCUUCAAGGAGGUCCAGAAGGACUGGCCUGGCUACUCUGAAGGGGACCAGCAGCUCCUCAAGAGGAUUCUUGUUCGGAAACUCUGCCAGUCCCAGAAUGCAGCCCCAGCCCCCGGUGAGGAUCUGUCCAACCCCCCCAAGGGUGUGGCCAACACGGCUCUUUCCCAAUCGCCGCCUCAGAAGAGAUCGGGAAUAACGGACUUCAUUGACCCUCUAGCCAAUAAGAAGCCCAGGAUAUCACAUCUGGCGGGGAGGAUGGCUCCGUCUUUGGGUGACAAGCUGAGCAGUGGGCAAGAAGCAGGUGCAGUGCCGGGUGGCGGGGGUCGGUUGCCUGGCCUGUGCCCCCCCCCGCCGGAGUCGACACGCCCCUGUGAUCCCCUAUGCGAUGUCAGCAAUGACUCUGGCCGCAGUCGGCGGGAUCGUGAGGGGCGGGGCGCCGGAGCAGUGGACCGGCUCGGUCAGCCCAUCUUCGGCUCUGGCCCCGCCUCUGAGCCGCUACCCGUCCGAGUCUCCGCCCCUCUCCCCCCCGGCCAACCCGGACUUGCCGGAGCCCCCCCAGAGCCUCCCCCCGCCCCUGCCGCCCUGCACACCAAGUCUAAGAAGAAGUCAAAAAAAAACAAAGGCAAGGAGAAAAGCAAGGACAGGGAAAAGGAGAAGAAAGGUGUAGCGGUGCAGGGGGCGGAGUCACGGAGCGGCUGUGACCUCACGCCUUCCACUGACGGCCUGACAGGCAGCAUGUCGCACGGCGGUACAGGUCGAAAUGGAACAUGCCAUAGCGCCAGUGCCCUGCCGUCUACGCCGGAAAAGGCCGACUACUUACUGAAGUAUACUGCCAUAUGCUCGCAUGAGCAGCGGCAGACCUAUAAGAACGACUUCAAUGUGGAGUACAGUGAAUACCGGGACCUGCACGCGCGCAUUGAGACCGUCACUCGGCAGUUCACCGUGCUCGACUCACAGCUCCGGCAGCUUCAGCCUGGCACUGACAAGUACAAGACAAUCCAUAACCAGAUACUGCAGGAGUAUCGGAAAAUUAAAAAGACAAACCCGAACUACGCCGAGGAGAAGAACCGCUGUGAGUACCUGCACAGUAAGCUGGCAUACAUCAAGAAGCUCAUCGCGGAGUAUGACCAGCAGCGGCUCCAGGGCUGCUACUAGGGCGGAGCAAGCCAGCCAUUUUCCCCUGGAAACCAGGCCCUGCCUACCCUGGGGAUGGUCUGCUGAGUGGUGCCUCUUGGGAUGGUCAAGGGGGUCACGAUUGAAUCCUUUCAUUGGAGCGGAAUCCUGAGAAGGGCAACUAAGUCCUUUAAUGUAUUUAUUUUGUGCUGGAUGAUUCCACAGCCCUUUUCGGGUACCUUCAUUUUUCACGGGGAUGAAUCGUGUUCUCCUGCCCAACCCGUUCUCAAUGCAAGGGAGGAAGAACAUUUGUACCAUAUUCUUAUACUGUUAUGUAUUACACUUUUUUAAUUUAUUCAUUUUUUUCUGAGGGGGGGAGGAGGUUUCAUAGAGAUUAUAUGUCAUGGUAAUGAUACAGUCUGCAGUAUCGGGGUGGGGAAAGAUAUAUAACAUAUAUAAUAUGUCUUUAAUCUUAUUUCAUCAGCCAGUGUGUUUUUUUUUUUUUUUUUUUAAGCCUUGGCAUUUCAAUAAUUGCCCAUACGGUGCAAUUGUGAUAUCAUAAUAAUGAUGAUUAUUGUUCUAAUAAUUGUUGUUGUCGUUGUCGUAGUUCUUGUUUUUAUGGGACAUUUUCCCUUACAAAUAACCUGACUUUCACAGAGAAGACUGCUAAUCAGGCAUGCAUAGGUGUCUUGGUCCACUGGGGUUUGUAACCAUCGCCUGAUGCCCUUGGAAUCUGAUUACGCUCAGGCUAAGCCCAAGAGAAUGGCACCUCCAGUCUUCAUAAAACAACAUUCCUAUGAGAGUGUCCGAGCUGGUACACUCUGUAUGAGUGCAGGUUUUUGAAGGGACACUUUGACAGGUCCAGGAAAGGUGCAGCGGUCAGGCAGAAGGAUUGCCCAUCUGUUUGGGUCGACUGUUUGUGUUCCCUGCUGUGAUUCCAUAUUAAAUGUUGAUGUUAGGGUUUUUUUCUGGACUGUCUGUUCUUUUAUUGCCUCUUUGGAACCCACACCAAAGCGUCUGGAGUCAAACAGUGUCGCCACAGUACACGUGCAACUUGUGUGUGGCCAUCUUGUGUCCUUUUUUGUUCUUUUGUGUUCUUUUUGUCUCAGCUGCAUUUAACGGCACUGGGAGCGUAAACACUAGAAACAGCCUUGUUGUUAAGGAAAUGUACACAGUGUUAAUUGUGGUGCCAUUGCUGACCUUGCCUUCGUCUUGAUUAUCUUUAUUCGGUUGAAAAUGGAUUUUCAAUGUUUUUCACUCUGACGGACUUCGGAACUAGCAACCAGCUGUGCUGAACUCUCAGACUGUGUCUGCUUAUUGCACAAGCGGCCCCCCCCCCGCCUCCUUUCAUUGGUGGUAUAUGCCCAGGUAUGGUGGGGGUAUGACUACCUGAGGGAAGCCUGAAACUGAAUGACAAAUAAAAGUAUUGCUCCCCUUAAUGUCUAUCUGCUGUAAUUGCAAAUAACGCCCCCCCCCCACCCCUUGUAGUGAUGUUCGGGGAGGAUGUCAGUGACUGGAGGGCACAGCUUUUUGACCUGCAGCAAAUUCCUCCAACCUGCCCGUCCACCCAGCUGCCUGGCGGGAUUGUGUGCUAUGACAGGGGGGUGGGGUCUGUUUUUUUCCCCCAUAAUGGUUUCUGAUCAGAUUGUACCUGUGAUUGAUGGCCUUAGAUGAUGUCAUUUCAUUAUUUUUUUUUUAAUUACUACAAUCCUUAGUUGAGUGAUUAUUCUGCACAGGUUUAAAAUGUACGGCCUUGUCAGCCCUACACAGUGCAGUGGUCUGCAAAUAAAUGCUGUGCGAGCAAAAGAUUAGAAACUUUUAGAAAUUGACUUUUCUAGAUCACCCCGAGACACUUGGAAAUUUCCCAUUUCAAGAGAACUUAAAAGUCAGUUGGGUCACCUUUUUGCAUUCUUUACAAUUUUCUAAUAUAGUACUGAGUGUAUACUGCCUUGCAGUUAUGACAGGAGGAGGUAUGUUUAAACCUAUACCUUGUGAAGAGUACCUGGAUAGUGUAAAAUCAGAUGCACAAUGCCAUUUGUACUUUUUAAAUUCCAUCUAGAAAAACAAACAAACAUAUUGCCACACUAAAGUUGGCGUAACCCUCUGUUACUGGUCGUCCAGUUUUUAUUUUCCCUCAAUGGACUCUAAAGAUGUGUUCUGUAUGUUCAUCCACCAUUAUCAGACAGCCUAGACUUAUGGGAUGGCUUCUCUGUCCCAUCUCUUUACAGGUCAGAGGAUGGGGGAUUUAAACACUUCAGUCAAUGGUUUUGAUAGAGAUGUCAUUGUUUUGCUGGAAUGUGUUUUCUUCUCCUCCAGACUCUGUCCUCGCAUGUGCCAAGGAAAUUGUUACUUUUCAUAGGGAAUGGGAGUUUGCAAUUAAAUUAUUUAUUCAUUCUUCUUCUGUGCAUAUUCCCUUUUUCAGCCACCAAAAAUGGUCUGUAAAACGUGAAUACGGAAAAUAAAAUAUGAAAUGAA